AUGAUCAAGCAAUGGGGAAAUGACCCAGCCAACCCACAGACUGCAGAGCUUUCAGACUGGCUCAUUGGAGAGGGUAUCUGGGCGAAAGGUGUGAACGGCAGAGCUUUACGAGAUAUGAAAGCACCGGGUACUGCUUAUAACGAUGAAAGAGUUGGAUCAGACCGCCAACCAGGUCACUGGAAGAAUUUCCAGAAACUUCCGCUUUCUGAAGAUAAGGGCGGUGUUCAUAUCAAUUCCGGCAUCCCUAAUCAUGCGUUCUACUUAGCUUCUACAUUGAUUGGUGGUUACUCUUGGCAAACUGCCGGGCCCAUCUGGUACAAGGCUCUAACUUCUGGCAAGCUCAGGCAGAACGCUUCGUUUAAAGAAUUUGCUGAGCUUACGAUUUUGAAUGCUGAUGACCAUGAAGAUAAAAUCAAAGAGGCUUGGAAGCGGGUGGGAUAUCCAUUCGGUGAAGCCAGAGAUGAACUGUGA